AUGGAAGAGUUCCGGCCGAGUUUCCGAUGUUCCGAUGACCGGAGAUUGGAGAUCAUUAGCGGAAAGGGGUUCAACAUCAACCAGGUAAAUCGGGCUCGGUCACCGGAUCUGGCUGGGGUAACGAGCAAGGGGACGUGGCCGAGUCAGGUGGCAGCAGCGCCAUCGUGGAAUAAGCCAUGGGGAUUCAAUGAUCCAGAGAUGAAGAGACGAAAAAGAAUAGCUAAGUACAAAGUUUACACUAUUGAAGGAAAGGUCAAAACUUCAAUUAGAAAUGGACUAAGAUGGUUCAAAAAUAAAUGCUCUGAAAUCAUCCAUGGAUAUUGA